GGGGGCCCGGCCGCACGCCCCGCUCCGCCGAGCCCCCGGCCCGCAGCGCCGAGCCGAGCCCCGGCCCGUGACAGCCGCCCCCGCCUCCAUCCCCGCCGCACAAUGACCCCGCGUGGUUCCUCUCCCACUCUCCAGCUCCGGCCUCUUUCUCCUGCUGAGAUUGUUUUUGUUUUUACCUUCCCCUCCUCCACCCUAUCCCAUGCUUGAUUUUUUUUUUCCCCCCGUUGCGGUGCCCCCCGAACCCCGAGUUCCCCCGAGCCCCGUGCGUGCGCUGAGGUCCUCCGCAGCCCCGGGGCUCUGUUUGGUGCCCCUGCUGUCCCGCCGGUGCCGCUCGUGUGUACCCCCCACCGGGGGUCUCUGCCUCGGGAUUCCCCCCAGCGGGCCCGGAGGGGGUGAGACCCCCCGUGGGAGGCGGGGGGAGGUCGGUGGGAGGCCCCUUCCCCUCCCCCGACCGGACACCGCCUGAAGCUCCCUUGGUUCCCCCUCUCCAGGCUUCAGCCAGGGGGGUCCCGCGGGCAGCUCCACCAUGUCGGACAGUGACCCGGGGGACGAGGACGGCGCCACAUCCCCUGACCCCUCGCAGUGCAAGAGGAAGAGAAGGGGCAACCUCCCCAAGGAGUCGGUGAAGAUCCUGCGGGACUGGCUGUACGAGCACCGCUUCAACGCCUACCCCUCGGAGCAGGAGAAGCUCAGCCUCUCGGGGCAGACCAGCCUCUCCGUGCUGCAGAUCUGUAACUGGUUCAUCAACGCCCGGCGGCGGCUGCUCCCCGACAUGCUGCGCAAGGACGGCAAGGACCCCAACCAGUUCACCAUCUCCCGCCGCGGGGGCAAAGCCGGCGACGCGGCCGUGCCGCGGGGCGCUGCCGCCGGCCCCGGGGUGCUCGUGGUGCCGCCCGCGGGCGCCUCCAAGGUGCUGUCGAUGUCGGUGUGCCCGCAGGUACUGUGCCACCCGGCGCGGGCGCUGGCCGUGGUGAGCGCCCACAGCCCCGAGUGGGAGAAGCCGCCCGGGCCCGAGGCCGUGCCCAGGGCCGGGCCCGGCAGCACCCUGACCCUGCUGGCGCGGGCCGAGGCGGGCAGCCCCACUCCCGGACUCUUCAACACGCCGCCCCCGACGCCCCCCGAGCUCUUCGGGGACGACUUUAGCAGCUUCCAGCUGCUGGUGGAGGUGGCCCUGCAGAAGGCGGCCGAGCUGGAGCGGCAGCGGCAGGGGGGGCAGCUGCCCCUGGCUCCCCACGCCGAGCCCCCCGGAGCCUCCAAAUAACCCCGGGCUGGGUCCCGCAGGGUGCCCUUCCCCGGGGGGCCCGACCCGCCCGGCCUCUGCCUCACCCCCACAGCCCAUCCCGGAGCGCUCCUGCCCCCGGGGGCUCUGGUGUCUCAGCAGCCAAGGCGGCAGAGGAAGGCCGGUCCCACCCGCCAUCCUCCCUGGAGAUGCCCUGGCUGCCGAGGACGGUGCCCCGGUGUGAGCCCAGAGCUCAGCGCCCUGUCCCUGCCGCACGGCCCGAGCGGGCACGGGAGCUCCCUGGAAAACCUGCUGAUCUCCUCUCCUGCAAACAAGGGUCCAGCCAGCACCGUUCCUCCAGGAAGACAGAGAGAACCUGGUUAUUUUAAUGCCAGUAGGACUGUGGCUGAAGAGCUUUGUCUCCCAAAUACCUGAUCCUUUCCCCCUGCCACCCUUCCCCCCGGCCCCCCUUUUGUUUUGGGGGCCUUUCUGUUUCCCGGUGCUGGCCAGGGGGCCUGCCUUGCCCCGGGAAGGGCAAAGGACAGAUGAACUGGAAACAUGGAGUCUGUGGCAUUUUGUCAUGGAAAAAAUAGGACCCUCCUCUUCCUUUUUAGGUUGUUCUGGAUGCUGCCAGUAGAAAUCUCUAUGGUGCUGUUUAGCAAGUUUUUUGUUGAAACAUUUUCCCUUUAAUUGUGAUUUAUGACAUGAUUAUUUCUUUUUUUUUUUUUUUUAAUCGGUAAGCAUUUCCACACCUUCCCUGCGUUCCCCUCGAGUUCAAGCCGAAUGUGUGCACGCUGUGCCCGGAGCAGUGAGCGCGUGGCCAAGCCCGGGCACAGCUGAGACUGUGAAUUUUUUACCCGACUUCCUUUCCUUUUUUAUUUUAUUUUAUUUUUUCCAUAAAACCUUUGGAAAGAGGCGUGGUGCAGGCACGGCCAUGUGCGUCCUGCAAGUGCAGCGCGGGGUUCCUGGGAGGCGGCGGAGGACGGAGAUGUCGCUCGCUGUCCCCUCCCCUCGCAGCGUGGCUGUGCGGUGCUGGGGACCUCUAGUGACAAACUGGCGGUGCUGGGGUGGCCGGGCCUGCGGGGCUCGGGGCUCUGGGGCAGUUUUUGGGCUCAGGGGCAGCUCCUGGCUGGCUGUCGCUUGCUGUCCCUCCCUGUGGGAUGUGGGUCAGCGCUGUGCCUGGCCCGGCAGCGCUAAUCCCCUCGGUGCCCGGGGAUCAGAUGGAGGUGAGGGCUGGAGGGGGUAAAGCCGCAGCACGGGGAGCUCUGCGGGGCGGGGGGAGAGCACAGGCUGGGGCUGGAAGGGAAGGGCACUGAUCGGGGGGACUGGUGUGUGCCCGCACCCCGUUCCUUCAGAGGCAGGUGCCAGGGAGGGGCUGCUGUGGGGCCCUGUGCAGUGCUGGGGCCCCUCGCUGCCCAUCAUGUGCCUCUCACCCCCACCUCCAUUUCUGUGUCCAGCCUUCCUUUGCCCUUUGUCUCCUUUCCCGGGAAAGUCCUCGAUUUUGGGACUCUCACCACGUCACCCUCCUGCGGCUCUGUCCCUUGCCCCGGGGGAGGGAGAGGCUGUUUGGUCUCCUGCUCUCUUGCCCCAGGCAAACCCAAGUGGUUUCCUUCCCCAGAGCUGUGCCUGUGCCAGGGGCUGGUGCUGCUGCCCUGGGAUGGACCAGAGAGUUGGGAGGGCAGGAGUUAUUGGAAUUAAAUUUAUG